UCACUCACUCAUACAAACAAACUAGCAACAGUUGGAGAAAGAUCGACAGCCCGUGCCCCGAGGAUGAAGAUGCAAAUAAUAAAACUUUUCUAAACUCAUUGUGGGACUUUUUGCCGUCUCUUAGCAGAUCGACGAAAACAACACAGUUGCCAUUAGAGGAACAGUUGUGAUUGUAAGAUGAAUUUCUCAGAGGUCUUCAAGCAAUCCAACCAACUUUGUAAAGUUUCCCCAGAUGGGAAAUAUUUGGCUACCUGUGUGCAGUACAGGCUGGUGGUGCGAGACAUGAGCACCCUGCAGAUCAUGCAGCUCUACACCUGCCUGGACCAGAUAUCCCACAUGGACUGGUCUUCUGACUCACUUUUCAUCCUCUGUGCUAUGUACAAAAGGGGACUGGUACAGGUGUGGUCUCUUGAACAGCCGGACUGGCACUGUAAGAUUGAUGAGGGCUCAAUUGGACUACUCUCCUCGCGCUGGAGUCCAGACGGACGUCACAUUCUCAACACCACCGAGUUCCAUCUGAGAAUCACCGUCUGGUCCCUGUGCACCAAAGCUGUGUCUUACAUCAAGUAUCCCAAAGCAUGUCAGAAGGGUAUAGAUUUCAGCAGGGAUGGCUGCUACAUGGCCUUGGCUGAACGUCGUGACUGCAAAGACUAUGUUAGUGUAUUUGUGUGUGAUGACUGGCAUUUACUCAGGCAUUUUGAGACUGAGACACAGGACCUGGGAGGGUUGGAGUGGUCUCCCAACGGCUGUGUGCUGGCAGUGUGGGAUAGCUGUCUGGAGUACAAGGUGUUGCUGUAUUCUUUGGACGGCCGGUUGCUGUCAACCUACAGUGCCUAUGAGUGGUCGCUGGGUGUCAAGUCUGUGACCUGGAGCCCCAGCAGCCAGUUCCUGGCCAUUGGCAGCUAUGAUGAAAAAGUGCGAAUCCUCAAUCAUAUCACAUGGAAGAAAAUCACACAGUUUGAGCACCCGGCAACCAUCAACAACACAAAAGCUGUUGUGUAUAAAGAAGUGGAGAAGAGGCCAGCUGUUGGCGCUGAUGACCUGUCACUACACAGCAUCACAAUGGGCACCACUCUCUUCAGCACCCAAAGCAAAUAUGAGAUCUGCUCACCGCCAGUCCAAAUACCUGUCGUCAAACCAGAUCCAGACCGAGCCAACCCCAAGAUCGGUGUCUCUUCUUUGGCUUUCAGCUCAGACAGUCGCUAUCUUGCCACUAAAAAUGACAACAUGGCCAGUGUUGUGUGGGUGUGGGACAUGCAGAAUAUGAGCCUGGAGGCCGUGCUUGAGCAGAGCUCGGCUGUGCGGUGCUUUCAGUGGGACCCCCGACGCCCCCGCCUGGCGCUGUGUACAGGCAACAGCAAACUCUACCUGUGGUCCGCGGCAGGCUGCGUCUCCGUCGAAGUCCCCGCUGAAGGUGGCUUCCAGGUCCAGUCACUAAACUGGCACUGCAGCGGAGACUCUCUGAUCCUGCUCGGUAAGGAGCAGCUGUGUUUGUGCUACAUGGACACCGACCAAGAGGACAAGUAAAACAUACAGAAACACAGUGCACACUUGAGUACACCUCAGGCUUACCUAACCACACACACCUGGUGGGGAAUGUAUAAGGUGAUGACUACAAGACUCCUCAAAAUCACAACCAUCACAGGUUGAGCUCGGAGCCGCUGAAGAGCCUCAGUGCAGGUUACUGGGUGCUGCUUCUCUCGUCAAGUUGAAAACAUUUGAAAAAAAAAUGGACCUGACUCUCUUCCUGAGAGAUGUACAAUGAAUAAAUAUCACCUUUUAGGUACCAAAUGUGUACAGAGGCACUACUUUAAAACACUGUGAGAAAAAUAGAGAUUUACCAAAUUUUAUAGAUUUCACUGCAUUUCUAGUUUUAAGUAUUUUGUAUGUGUGUAACUUUGAAAUUGUGUAAUUAUUUUUGAAUAAAAUUUGUCUUAAAUAA